AUGCAGCUGCCCGCGACGCCGCUCCUGGACCCUGUGCAGUCGCGCUCAGUCUCACCCGCGCCCUACCCUACCUGCUCCGCGCUGUUGCUCUGCACGCGCGGUUGCCCGCGCCCUCGUGCGCUCUACCCUACCUGCUCCGCGCUGUUGCUCUGCACGCGCGGUUGCCCGCGCCCUCGUGCGCUCUACCCUACCUGCUCCGCGCUGUUGCUCUGCACGCGCGGUUGCCCGCGCCCUCGUGCGCUCUACCCUACCUGCUCCGCGCUGUUGCUCUGCACGCGCGGUUGCCCGCGCCCUCGUGCGCUCUACCCUACCUGCUCCGCGCUGUUGCUCUGCACGCGCGGUUGCCCGCGCCCUCGUGCGCUCUACCCUACCUGCUCCGCGCUGUUGCUCUGCACGCGCGGUUGCCCGCGCCCUCGUGCGCUCUACCCUACCUGCUCCGCGCUGUUGCUCUGCACGCGCGGUUGCCCGCGCCCUCGUGCGCUCUACCCUACCUGCUCCGCGCUGUUGCUCUGCACGCGCGGUUGCCCGCGCCCUCGUGCGCUCUACCCUACCUGCUCCGCGCUGUUGCUCUGCACGCGCGGUUGCCCGCGCCCUCGUGCGCUCUACCCUACCUGCUCCGCGCUGUUGCUCUGCACGCGCGACCAGUGGCGGCACCACGCCGCGGAGCGCAUUCUGGAGGCGGAGCUCGGCGAAAUGGAGGGCGGCCGGCGCGUUCUGGUGGACACGGGAGUGAAGUUUGGUCUGUCGGCGCCGCCGCUCAACUCGGGGCCGAGCAUGGCGACGGUGAACAUGUCGUUCUACCGCUGGGAGAGCGUCACGCCGCCGCCCGUCGUCGACUGGCGGAAAACCGUCGCCAUGACGGCCAUCCAGACGCAGUUUGUGUGCUCAAGCUGCUGGGCGAUCGCAGCCGUCGAUUCCAUCGCCAUAAUGUGGGCGAUCGCCAACAACGCCACCGGGACGAAUCUGUCGCCGCAGCAGGUGUGCGACUGCGCGACGAAGCAGUGCUGCCAGGGCGGGUGGCCCGAGUGGGCCUUCUCCUACGUGCUCUUCAACGGCGGCAUCACCUCCAAUGCUAGCUAUCCCUACUUUGCCGUAGAUUCUGCCACGUGUCUGCUCGACACAACCAUGCCGACCGUCGCGAACAUCACGGGGUGGGAGCUGGUGCCGGCAUUCAACGCCAUGGCGCUCAUGAAGGCCGUCAGCAUGCAGCCCGUCGUCGCCUUCAUCAGCGCCUCCGCCUCCGACUUCACCACUUACGCAAGCCACGACGUGCUCAACAUUUACAACGGCGUGUGCUCGACAGACGUGAACCACGCGGUGGUGGUGGUGGGCUUUAACUACACGGGGCCGGACCUCAAAGGCAGCUAUUGGAUCAUCAAAAACUCGUGGCUCUCCACGUGGGGUGACCGCGGCUACAUGUACCUCGCCAUGACGCCCGACGUGCGCGGGAAAUGCGGCAUCCUAUCGUACGUUCCUAGACGACACGCAUUCCACAGGGCUCCCGCGCGCGAAAUGCGUGCUUCUCUCGCAAGUGCUCUCGCAAUUCCUCCUGUUGCCUCUGUUCCCCUUCCGAAGGGAAGUCCCCUCAUGCCGGGUAAUCCACCAAUACUGUUCCUCCUCUCGCCGAUCCCCCGUUUUCUGCGCAGAACCCCCGCCAUGUACCCCGUCUACUUCCCAUCCAGCCAACAGCCGGCGCGCUUCUAUUCCGACAAGCGCGGCAGGUGGAAAAUCGACAGGGAGGACGACCUCUCGUCGCUCUUCUCCUCCUCCCUCUCCCUUCCAACCAACACCACCACUCCAAGUCAGACCCCACUGGCUACGACGUGCGCAGGGAUGAUCAACCCGUGCGGCGGGGGCAGUUGUUACAUGAGCGGCGGAGUUCCGCGGUGCAACUGCGGCGCGCUGGCGAAUUUUGUUGAGGUGUUGGGAUUGCCCACGUCCAAAUGCGUGCCGCGAAGUCCCUGCACGACGGCUCCUGUCAAUCCUUGCAACGGCGGAACGUGCACAGAUGUGGGCGACGGGACGUACACUUGUGCGUGCACUGCGGGUUACGCCGUCGGUGCUGCUGUCGACGGUUCGCCGACGUGUAUCCCUGCAGCUGGCCUUGCGAAAUCCUAUACCACCAUCAACUGCACGGGGUGGUACCGGGUGAUGCAGGGCGACACAUGCCCCUCCAUCUGGAAUGCAGCCAACCUCACCAUGUCCAUGUUCCUCACCAUCAACCCCGGCAUUCAGUGCCAGGCGCCCUACCUGGUGGUGGGCCAGCAGGUCUGCAUCGACUCACCCCUCCUCACCACCAUGCAGCGAAACCCAAAUGCCAACUACUCCAUCUACACCGUCCGCCCGAACGAUACCCUCUCCACCAUCUCCACCCAGUACCUCACCCGCUGCACGCUACUCUCUGUUUCCCCCGCUGCCAUUGCUGCCCAAAACUUCAUCUCCAACGCCUCUGCACCGCUCCCAGUCGGCACCAACCUCAUCAUCCCCUGUAUUGGCGGCAUCGGUAUGAUUGACGGCGGCUGUGCGACGUCUCUCACGGUGUGCGGAGCGGAUUUUGUCUCGUACCCAUCGUACUGCCAUGCAGCUGUGAACUACGGCCUUUCACUAUUUGAGAAUAGCCCGUGUGACAAUUGUGGGGCAGCGUGCGUUGGCCGCAUGGGGCUGGCCCCGGCUUCUGGGUUCGGCUGUACGCAAGCCAUCUGCCCGUACCCAACCUGGAUGUCAGGAGCAGACUGCACUCUAGGAGAUAACAACAACGGCACUGCACCGUGCUGCUACUACCGGAAAACGCUUUGCCAGAGGUCGUGCAACGCAACUGCUGAAACUAUGGGUGGAACAACCACGACUAAAACGAACAACUACAACACGUGCUGGAACAAUUGCAUGUGCUGCGCUGCUGCCCCAUGCGGGGGUCCUGCGUGCACCACCUGGAAUGACGCCUGCUACACGAAGCCCUCACCGCGCUUUUGCACGUACACCAUGGGAGUUGGUUACACGUUCAUCUGCAGCUACUAUCCUGCUGCAAAUCCCUUGCCUUAA